AAGAAAGGAACUGUCUCACAGAACUGUGGAUACCGUUCAUACGAUGUUAAUGUGGAUGGUAAACUGCUCAGAAGAAACCGUGUACAUCUUAACGAAGAUCGGCAAGUCAAAGUUACGGAACCCUCCUCGAAAUCUGGAGAACAGAAAACUACAGCCGAAGACCUACCUGUCACUGUUGUUGAAAAGAGUGGAAAAAAAAUCAAGCCAGUAAAAGACACUGCAAAGGCUGCAGAACCUGCUAAAUGCACUAAGAUGGACCUUAUUACUGUUAAACGUACACGUUCGGGACGCUUAGUGAAAAUGCCGCAAAGAUACUCUAGUUAA